UCCAUUGUUCCUGAAGAUACACCUGAAGAGAAGCAUACAUCACUUCCCACCACCACCUGUCCAACGUACUUAGUUUUUGAAGAAACAUGGCACUUGCAGCACACCUGAAGCAAGAUGACAUUGCUGCAGCUAUCCAGGCUUGUCAAGCCCCAGGGACUUUCAACUUCCAGGCGUUCUUUGAACAUGUGGGCCUGCUAGGUAAAGCUGCUUCCGACGGGGAGAAGGUGUUCAAGGCCCUGGACCAGGACAAGAGCGGAUUCAUUGAAAAAGAGGAGCUGAAACGCUUCCUCCAGAACUUCUGCCCGAAGGCCAGAGAGCUCACAGAGGCCGAGACCAACACUCUCCUGGCAGCUGGAGACAGUGAUGGAGACGGCAAAAUUGGCAUGCAAGGUAAAUCCAAAUCAGCUCUUAGGCCUUGCAGAAUAGGCCCCAGGGAGCCGUACUCCUGUAGAAACCAGGGCUCCUCCUUCACUGUCUGGCUCCUGACUUAA